CGUGUCGCCUGUGUCUUUUUUUUUUUUUUGUAAGGCUCUCUCUGUCGAUCUUUGUGGCAGCCUAACCUCGUAGAUCUCGCUCUCCAAAAUUCUCUUUUGAUCUCUCUCUGAUCGGUUCUCUUCCAGCGCCAGCGGCUUGUCUUUUCUCACAUCGGUUUCGGUUUCGGUUUCGGUUUCAGUCAGGGUUAGAUGGAUCUUGACACAGAAAAUAAAAUAGCUGCAAUUCUUUUAAGAGAAGCUGCAGAACUGCGUCGAGAAGCAGAAAAGGAAGGUGUAUUGGCUUAUCUUCGACAGCCUAAUGUAAGGACCAAGCCAAAUUCUCGAUUUCUCACAGCAACUGUUCUUGGUGUGCAGCAAGCUAAUCGAGCUGUAGAAAUGAAUGAGAUGUGGCGUGUCAGGCAGAAGGAGCGUGAGUUGAAUGAUAAGCAUAAAGGGAAACCAAGAAAUGAGAGCUGCAGUGACAGGAAGCAAAAGGAUAUUGGUAACUAUCUGAGAAGUGAAAGUAAGAGGCAUGCUGUAGUUGAUGAGAAUGCAAGUGCUUCGUGUUCAUCGGGCCAUGAAGUAGUUGAGUACUGCUAUUCGAGGGAGGAUGACGGUCUAAGGGACAAGGAGAUUGAAGAAUUUUUACACUCAAGGGUUAAGCGUGGUCGGGGUGCUGUAGGUUCCAGGAUGGACGAAACUGGUCCUUACCUUCCGCCUUUUUCAGACUCCAAUGACAAUAUGUCAACAAGCCCAUAUUUGAGGGAACGUGCUAUAUACGGUCCAGAUAAGCCGUCUUCACUGAACUCAUAUGAAUCAUCGGAGGACGAGCUUGAAAAGAGGAGGAAGAGGGCUAAAAGGGACCUCUCUAGCAGGUCGAACAAGAAGCACUGUAGAAAGCACAAGUCUAAACAUAAGUCGAGGGAAAAGGAAAAGAAGAGAAAGGAAAAGAGGAGGCACCACAAGUGAAGUCUUUUAAGCGCACUUUUCUCCCUCUGGUGUAUCUGAGAGCUGUGCUAAGUGAAAUCUGUAUGAUGAUUCUUCUUGCAAAGAGAUGGUUUUAUUUAUUUCUCGGAGCUCUUUUACAAAAACAAAAGACUUUGGAAAUAAUUAAGGCCUUCUAUGUUCAUGCUAGUUUAUUUCUACGUGCAAUUAUUUCCCUUUGAUU